GAGACAUUCCUCAACUGCUUAGACAUAUUCUGAGCCUACAGCAGAGGUACCUCCAGUCUCAGCACCAUGAAUCAAACUGCCAUUCUGAUUUGCUGCCUUAUCUUUCUGACUCUAAGUGGCAUUCAAGGAGUACCUCUCUCUAGAACUGUACGCUGUACCUGCAUCAGCAUUAGUAAUCAACCUGUUAAUCCAAGGUCUUUAGAAAAACUUGAAAUUAUUCCUGCAAAUCAAUUUUGUCCACAUGUUGAGAUCAUUGCUACAAUGAAAAAGAAGGGUGAGAAGAGAUGUCUGAAUCCUGAAUCUAAGGCCAUCAAGAAUUUACUGAAAGCAGUUAGCAAGGAAAGGUCUAAAAGAUCUCCUUAAAACCAGAGGGGAGCAAAAUCGAUGCAGUGCUGCCAAGGAUGGACCACACAGAGGCUGCCUCUCUGAGCAUCACUUCCCUACAUGGAUUAUAUGUCAAGCCAUAAUUGUUCUUAGUUUGCAGUUACACUAAAAGGUGACCAAUCAUGGUUACCAAAUCAGCUGCUACUACUCCUGUAGGAAGGUCAAUGUUCAUCAUCCUAAGCUACUCAGUAAUAACUCUACCUUGGCACCAUAAUGUAAGCUCUACUGAGGUGCUAUGUUCUUAGUGGAUGUUCUAACCCUGCUUCCGGUAUUUCCCUCACCUUUCCCAUCUUCCAAGGGUACUAAGGAAUCUUUCUGCUUUGGGGUUUAUCAGAAUUCUCAGAAUCUCAAAUAACUAAAAGGUAUGCAAUCAAAGUGAUAAAACAAUCUGCUUUUUAAAGAAUGCUCUUUACUUCAUGGACUUCCACUGCCAUCCUCCCAAGGGGCCCAAAUUCUUUCAGUGGCUACCUACAUACAAUUCCAAACACAUACAGGAAGGUAGAAAUAUCUGAAAAUGUAUGUGUAAGUAUUCUUAUUUAAUGAAAGACUGUACAAAGUAGAAGUCUUAGAUGUAUAUAUUUCCUAUAUUGUUUUCAGUGUACAUGGAAUAACUUAUGUAAUUAAGUACUAGGUAUCAACGAGUAACAGGAAAAUUUUAAAAAUACAGAUAGAUAUAUGCUCCGCAUGUUAUGUAAGAUAAAUGUGCUGAAUGGUUUUCAAAAUAAAAAUGAGGUACUCUCCUGGAAAUAUUGAGAAAGACUACCUAAAUGCUGAAAGACCAAAAGGUUAAUAAAGUAAUUAUAACUAA